UGGCUUGGGUGUCACGGGGUUUAGGGUUACAGGGCUGGGGCUCAGCACCUUUUUAAUUCUUCAUCGCGUGGCUGAUUGAUCCCCCCCCCCGCCCUGCGCAGACACUAAAGAUUAAGAGGGUGACAAAGAGGCGGCUGCUUACACAGCGCCCACUGCUAAGCUGCCUUGAAGAGAGCAAGGCAAGAGCCCUGCUGCCCGCAGAGCUGCUGGAGCACCCACUGCUCCACCACACCCUGGGCACCCAUCACGGUGGAUCUGGAGGGCGAGGUGGGGGACACUGGAUACAGGAUGGCUGCAUCGCCGGCGGGGUCGGCAGUGAGCGCCGGGCUGGGUGAUAGCCCCACGGGGCUGAGCCCGGCCCCCGGCAAGGCGCUGAGCCCUGUGCUGCUGUGCAAGGUGUGCGGGGACACCAGCAGCGGGAAGCACUACGGCAUCUACGCCUGCAACGGCUGCAGCGGCUUCUUCAAGCGCAGCGUCCGCAGGAAGCUCAUCUACAGGUGCCAGGCAGGGACGGGGCUGUGCCCAGUGGACAAGGCGCACCGCAACCAGUGCCAGGCCUGCCGGCUCAAGAAGUGCCUGCAAGCCGGCAUGAACAAGGAUGCUGUGCAGAAUGAACGUCAGCCCCGCAGCACGGCCCAGGUCCGGCUGGACAGCAUCGAGCUGGAUGCCGAGCUGCCUCCUGAGCAUGUGGCCACAACCCGUGAGGUCCCCCUGACCCCCUGCCCAGAUCCCCAUGGUCCCAGUGCCACUGUCACUGUCACCCCGGGUCCCCGAGCACCCACGCCACCCACCAACCAUCGCUUCAUGGCCAGCCUGAUGACGGCUGAGACCUGCGCCAAGCUGGAGCCCGAGGAUGCUGAUGAGACAGUGGAUGUGACGGGCAGUGAGCCAGAGCGGGUGGCUGGCGAGUACCAGGUGGCACCAUACCCAGCGUCCAGCCCCGAAAAUGUCUAUGAGACCUCUGCACGUCUCCUCUUCAUGGCCGUGAAAUGGGCCAAAAACCUGCCCGUCUUCUCCAACCUGCCCUUCCGUGACCAGGUGAUCCUGCUGGAGGAAGCGUGGAGCGAGCUGUUCCUGCUCUGUGCCAUCCAGUGGUCCAUGCCCCUGGAGAGCUGCCCACUGCUGGCUGUCCCUGAGCCGGCCCCGGGCAAGCUGCUGCCGGCCGCCCUGGACGUCCGGGUGCUGCAGGAGACCCUCAGCCGCUUCAAGGCACUGGCCGUCGACCCCACUGAAUUCGCCUGCAUGAAGGCUGUGGUGCUCUUCAAACCAGAGACCCGUGGCCUGAAGGACCCUGAGCAGGUGGAGAACCUGCAGGACCAGUCGCAGGUGAUGCUUGGCCAGCACAACCGUUCUCACUACCCUGGGCAACUGGUCAGGUUCGGGAAGCUGCUGCUGCUGCUCCCGGCGCUGCGUUUCAUCUCCUCUGAGCGUGUUGAGCUGCUCUUCUUCCGCCGGACCAUCGGCAACACCCCCAUGGAGAAGCUGCUGUGUGACAUGUUCAAGAACUGACUCCCCCCACCCCGAUGUCACCCUGCUUGUUUGUCACCUUGCACUGGCACACUGUCACCCCCAGCCCAGCUGUCCUCACCCUGGGAUGCUGCAGGGUGUGAUGGUGUCGAUGGUCCUGUCUGCAGGGUGGUGGCCAGGACUGGGGGAUGCUACCAGCAGCUGGGACAUGGGACCAGCUUCACUGGGGACAGCUGGUGGCAGGGGGAUGUCCCCAAGUGAGUGCCAUACACACCAGGAGCACUUCAUUGUGGGGGUGCCUGAUGGGUGCUGCUGUCCCAAACCCCUGGACCCAGGCAAAGUGCCCUUUCUGUGGCACUGCCACCCGUGGGAACCCACUGCCACCCAGGGGUGACACCAGCCUGGGGGUGAUGCUCACCUGGGGCAUAACACCAGCCCAGGAGUGACGCCAGCCCAGGCUAUGCCACAAGACCAAGGGUGACACUGGUUGGGGAUGAUGCCAGCCGGGGGGUGACACUGGCCACUGGGGUGACAGCUACCCUGGGGUUGAUACCAGCCCAGGGGUGACACUGGCUGGGGGUGAUGCCAGCCCAGGGGUGACACCAUCCAGGGUUGAUGCCAGCCCGAGGGUAUCAUCAUCCCUGGGGUGCCACUGGCCCGGGGGGGUGAUGCCAGUCCAGGGAUGGGUGUCCCCCCAGCCGCCACAACUGCCCCUCGCUCACUGUGCGUGCCCCCCCCCCCCCCCCGACUUCAGCUCCGUGGUCCUGGGGGACAUGGUGACAGACCGUUGUCCCUGUGUCCUGGGGCUCCUGCUCUCUCCCUCCGCCAAUUUGUGCUCCGAAUAAAGAGGCUUUUGCAGCCAGGCUCCUCGCACUGGUGGCUUAGGAACCCCAUC